AUGUCAUUAAUAGAAACAUGUGUAUCGUUCGCUUUGGCAAACCCGCUUUAUUGGUUUUGCACUGGACUGCUGCUGAACUGUGUGAUCACACCAUUAUAUCUUUGGAAAACACAAGAUAGCCGAAUCGUAGGCCUAUCUUUACUUCAUUUUGCAGUGCUUUAUGCUAUAGCGUUUAUAACCGUCCGCACAGAAAGAUCCCUUUAUAAGGAUAAAUGGGUAGCGCUUCCCUUGGUUAAGAAAGCCCGUAUUUCUCGUAAUACUAGUUUGUACUGCUUCAAACUAAAAUAUCCUUUUGAAACGUUGCAUAUUCCUAUGGGAUACCAUUUGGCAGCAAGGGUAACAAUUAAUGGUGAACGAUUAGUAAGAUACUACACCCCAGUAAAUGUCCCUAAUACGGAAGGUUUACUAGAGUUAGUAGUAAAGACAUACAAACACGGUGUCGUUUCCAAAUAUUUUGACAAAUUGAAAAUCGGCCAGUAUGUAGAAUUCAAGGGGCCUUUAGGUGAACUGGAAUAUGAUCAAGAUUCUGCGACAGAAUUAGGAAUCAUCGCAGGAGGGUCUGGUAUCACUCCCGUAUUACAAGUUUUACAAGAAAUUAUUCCAUCGCCAGAAGAUCUAACGCAUAUUUCUUUGAUAUACGCAAAUGAGACAGAGGACGACAUUCUUUUGAAAUCACAACUAGACCACAUGGCUAAAGAAUACCCACAUUUCAAAGUUCAUUAUGUGGUUCAUAAGCCGAACGGCCUAUGGAAUGGUGAUAUCGGGUACGUGACUUUAGAAGAAAUGAAAAGAUAUUUACCCAAACAAGCAGAGGAUCACCGUUUAUUGAUUUGCGGACCACCAAAGAUGAAUGAAAUGGUUUUGAGCUACGCAAAGGAGUUGGGCUGGAGUAACGGAUUUCACAAAGGCAACGGCAGUGACAAAGUUUUUGUCUUUUAA